AUGAGUACCUUCGUCGUCGACACGCAACAGGCAGCGAGUAACCAACUUGAAUCGGAUGUCUUUUCACCACUUUUCCCACACGGAAACGGAAAUGUUGACGAAGGUGCAGCAACGCCUUUGCCGUACCCUGGCUCGGCCUCGUGGCGGCUGCAGGCCCGGGCCGCUCAUCGUCCGAGUGGAAGAACUCGCAAUCUGUCGAUCUUUUCGUUGCUUGUUGUCGCAACAUUCCCGCUUCUGACGACUUUACUUAUUUUGGCGGCGUGCAGGGCUGGGCACACAAACAAAAAACAGGCGACAGGGAUGAAUCGCCGGAGGCUGGCGGAAGGUGGUGAGCCAAUGGAUAUUGAUGAGAGUUACAUCAUAGAACAGUGUUUGGCGUUGGAGGAGGAGCUUGGAAUUUCCCCUACUGAUCCUCACCUGCCUUCUACUAGCGACCGGUCAAGGCGGAUCGCCGAGCUCGCGUCGCUCUUCUCCGCGACUGCUGCGGAACAUGAAGCGAUGUACGCAAGGCAAGUGGAGCGGGGUGUACAAGCAGUUCAUCAGCAUGCUGGGUCCAUCACUGACUCUUCAUCAGGGGACCAGCUGCUAGGAAGCGCAAGUGCUCCAGAACUUCCCACGACUUCAGCGGCGGCAGCUUCAGGAGGAGAGGGUUCGAAUGAUGCGCCUUCUGCUGUCGACCCGGACGCCUGGGCUGACGUUGUUUCAGUACUCAGUACGCAGCCGGAAUGGAAGGACCUGGACGUUGGGACAUCCAGUGGUAGUUCAGAAACCACAAGAGGAAAACGGAAACCCGUACCCAUACAACCGCGCCCCGCCGCCAGUGACCAAAUACUAAUGGAUAUUUCUGUUAUUGAGAGUCACCCGUUUGUGCGGCUUCCGGUGCUGGAGCCAGGUGUUGUUCCCAAAAACCUUUUUGAAGCAGGGGCGAUUGGCAUAGUGCAAAUGAACACAUCGGCUCAAGCUCGGUUUCUUGCCUUGAGAAGGCUGUUUGCUAAGAAAACACUAAAUCAAGAGGAGGCGGAUGAACUCGCCGAUGCUGUGGAGGAGCUAGCGAAUAAAACAGCACGUAGAGCGAGAGGAAGCGUCCGACAGACUCGUCCCUUGUUUGCAGCAUCAACCCUUGGGACGUACUUCUUGAUGUUCGAUUACUUAUUGGCUGCAAUUCAGGUUCUCUACACUUCAAUAAAGCUGCCGCCAUGGUGGAAAACGUUCAUAAAUUCAUUUGAUUCAGACUAUUAUUUCUCUGACCCAAAUCCCACAUGCCGCGAAAGCGCACGUUUUAACACACGAUUGGCCAACAGCCUAAUUGCUGCUAUAAAGAUCUACAAAAUGGGGGUUCGUCCAUCAGCGCAUUUUAUUAUUGAGCUGAAAAGACAGCUUUUCUUUGGAAAGCAUGGACCUGCGCGAUUCAGAGAUCCACAGUGGGACCCCUGGAGAGCAGAUGAUAUUAAUUUUUGGAAAACGCAGGGUGCACUCCCCUGUUGUCCUAUUGGGGGAAAUGAAGAUCACGAUGAAUGA